AUGGAUCAGAUUGGAGACAGCCCACACAGUUCCCAUGCACUCCAUCAUUGGGCUGGGAGCUGCAGAAUAAUUUGUGUGUCCAAAAUACUAAAAUAUGCUGGCAAUGAAGACACCAUUACCGUAAGGGCUGACGAUAGUAUGGACAUAUUGGCAUUAGUAUUUGAAGCCAGGAAUCAAGAAAAGAUUUCAGACUAUGAAAUAAAGUUAAUGGAGUUAGAUGUUGAACAACUUGGAAUUCCAGAACAAGAGUAUAGCUGCGUAUUGAUGCCUUCUCGUGAAUUUGCAUGUACAUGCCGAGAUCUUAGUCAUAUUAGAGAUGCUGUUAUAAUUUCCUGUGCAAGAGACAGAGUGAAAUUUUCUGCAAGUGGGGAACUUGAAAAUGGAAAUAAUAAGUUGUCACAAACAAGUAAUGUCGAUAAAGAAGAGGAAACUGUCACCAUAGAGAUGAAUGAUCCAGUUCAGCUAACUUUCGCACUGAGGGAUCUGAACUUCUUUACAAAAGCUACUCCACCCUCUCCUACAGUAACACUCAGUAUGUUUGCAGAUGUACCCCUUGUCGUGGAGUAUAAAAUUGCUGAUAUGGGACAUUUAAAGUACUAUCUGGCUCCCAAGAUCCAGGGUGAAGAAGGAUCUUAGGCAUUUCUGAAGUCUGAGGAAAUAAAACUAAGCUCUUUGAGAACUGCUCCUGAGAUUCCAACAUGCCCUUACGAGUUUCUUCUGUCACCAAAUUUGUGCCUCAGUACAUAUGUAGAUAAUAUUUUCUGUAAAUAACCUUUUUCCCCCCCAUGAUCUACAAUUUAAAGGAUAGUCUUAAGUCAAAUCUGGUCUUAUGAACCUAGAACUACUUCUGCCUUAUUUAGAAAUACUCUUUAGGAUUUUCAUAACAAAGGGUUUUAACUAUUAGUGCAGUUUUGAGAAUUGUGUUUUCAAUUGAAAUAAAAGUUAUUUGAAUUUCAAAAAAAAGAACACCAACACUUGUUAUCU